CUACUGUACCAAACCAUGGCAUCUGCUCUGGAACACUUUGUUAAUAAUGUUACGUCUCUGUCCUCACAAGAUGCGUGAAAACAAAGGCCCGCCAAGCUACAACUGUUUAUACUGGUGAUGCUGGCGUCACCACUCACAAGCCCGGCAGCCUCCAUGCACAAGGCAACUAUGGAGAGGUAGUGAAGUAUGUGAGCAAGAGUACCGAAGUGCUGGCCAAAAAUGUUGCUCAUCUGGACACAGUUCUUGCAACGCUGCAGCCACAGAGCCACUCCCUCGGGGUAAUGGCAGUGCUUUGUGUUAGGUUGCAGAAUACAACUCAUAAUGAUGCAAAUAUUGACACCCUCCAUGCUACUGUUGCAGAAUUUAUCAAUGUGUGUGCUGAAGAACAGAUCAAGUAUGCACCAGAUAUGAUGGCUGAUCUGUGUGGGAGUUAUGCAGAUCUCUUAGUUGCCGGGAGCUGUGCGAUGCGAGGAAUAGAAGUUGUUAGCAGUGCCAUCAGGAAGACCCAGGAAUCUCCCCUUCACCUCACCUCAAUCCAUGCCCACUUGGUACACCUGUGCCUUGUGUCUAAGUGCUUUAAGCCAGCCCUCAAGUUUAUGGAUGUAGAUAUUAUGGAUAUUAGUAAGGAGCGUGGCAGCUAUGACGUCAAGCAUUUCCUUCUUUAUUACUACUAUGGAGGAAUGAUCUACACUGCAAUAAAGAAUUACGACAGAGCGCAGUAUUUCUUUCGCGUGUGCAUCAGCACUCCAGCUCUAGCUGUGUCUCAUAUUAUGCUUGAAGCUUUCAAGAAAUAUAUCCUUGUUUCUCUUAUACUUGAGGGGAAGAUUGGAAGGAUCCCAAAGUAUGCUUCCCUGGUGGUGACCCGCUUCAUCAAGCCUCUAAGUCAGGUAUACUGGGACUUGGGGACAGCAUUUGGUACAAACUGUCCAGACAAAGUUUGUUCUGUUAUAAACAAAAACCAAGAGACGUUUGGAAGAGACCAGAAUAUGGGACUGGUGAAGCAGUGCCUAAGUGCUCUGUAUAAGAAGAACAUCCAGCGCCUCACCCGGACCUUCCUCACCCUCUCUCUGGCGGACGUGGCCAACCGUGUCCAGCUGUCAACACCACAGGAAGCUCAGAAAUACAUAUUGAAUAUGAUUGAUGAUGGAGAGAUCCAUGCCAGCAUUAAUCAGCGGGAUGGUAUGGUGGUGUUCCUGGACAACCCAGAGAAGUACAACUCUCCCACCAUGAUGGCUCAUCUUGAUAAAGAGAUGCAGUUGUGUAUGGAGGUUGAGCGCCGACUGCAAGCUAUGGAAGAAGAAAUUGUAGUUAAUCCCCAGUAUGUACAGAAGGUGUUGGGACCACAAGAUGAUGAAGGGCCCACGCCAUCCUCUGCACAAUCCACCUCAUUCUCUAUUGUUUCUUCCAUGUGAUCACCUCUUCCUUGCCUACUAUAUACUUGAUCACUUCUGUGUGGAUUAAUUUGUAAGUGGCUUUCAUAUUUGAGGAAACCUAAUCCUUUUAUAUCCUUAUUUACUGCAUCUAGCAUCUUAUUACUCCAUAGAUCUUUAUAAAUGUUUUAAGCUUCUAUUUAAGAUUGCUUUUGCUUAACUGUUUCUGGAUAAAUAAAAAAGAAUUUAUUA